AUGACUGCCGCAGAUGUUGCUUCUAGGCCUUUGUGCCAGGUCAUCACGCCCGUUGGUAUGAUGGGUUAUGGCUUUUCAGAAGAGCAAGUGCAGGCCGCCCUCGAGAACUUCAGUCACUUUGCCACGCCUACAGCAAUCAUCCUUGAUUCAGGUUCGACGGACUCCGGCCCCUCAAAAUUGGCCCUAGGUACCACAACAUGUCCUCGUUCAUCCUACGAACGAGAUUUUCGGAAGCUGCUAGGCUUCAGCAAGAAGUACCAAGUGCCUCUGCUGAUGUCGUCUGCGGGAGGCGAUGGAAGCGAUGAGCAUGUGGAUCUCUUCUUGGAGAUCAUUCGUGAGAUUGCCCAAGAGUCUGAGCACAGCGAUUGGAAGCUUAAAGUCCUUGCCAUUUACUCCGAAGUUCCAAAGACUGUCGUCCUCGAUAAGUUAUCAUCUGGAAAAAUCCAAGGAUGUGGCGAGUCGGUGCCUGCCUUGACGCCUGAAACGGUCGAUGCCACACCGAGAAUCGUAGCUCAAAUGGGGCCGGAACCAUUACUCGACGCCAUCAAGGCUCAUCCAGAUUACAAUGUCCUCAUAGCAGGACGAGCCUACGACCUGGCGCCUUAUGUGGCUUUCACGGUCCAGAAUGCUCUCAGUGCCCGCGGCCUUGCCGACUACACGGAUCUCAGCCCGCAGGAGCUAGGCUGCAUCUCGCACAUGGGCAAGAUCCUCGAGUGUGGCGGCCUGUGUGCUACGCCCAAGGGCCCGGGUGCGCUGGGCAUUAUGAAUCAGGACCUCACUUUCGAUAUCCGACCCCUCGACCCCAAGUCCCGAUGCACGCCUCUCAGUGUCGCUGCACAUACCCUCUACGAGAAGACGCGACCAGAUAAGCUCAUCGGACCCGGAGGAUACAUCGAUAUAGCAAAUUCCAAAUUUAAUCAGCUCGAAGAUGGCAGGACAGUUCGCGUUCAGGGUUCGGUCUUUCACGCCAGUCGUCACGAAGGUACCACAUACACCGUAAAACUGGAGGGCGCGCGCGUAGCAGGCUAUCGCACGCUAACCAUGGGCUCUUUCAAGGACCCAAUCCUCAUUCCCCAGGUCCACUCGUUCCUCGAUUCAGUCAAGGCGUUUGCCGGCUCGCAGCAUAGUCACAUAAGCGAGAAGUGGGACAUUGGUUUCCACACGUAUGGUUUCGACGAGCACAAUCCUGACUUCGUGCCCAGUGAGGUCUUCGUCGUCGCCGAAUGCAUUGCCGAGUCGCAGGAGGUUGCCACCAGUCUUGCCUCAACAGUCAGGGUUCACUGCGUUCAUGGCUCAUAUCCUAAUCAAAAGGCCACCUCUGGCAACUUCGCAAUGGGUAUCGGCGGCAUGUUCGAGCUCGAGACAAAGCAGUGUGCUGAAUUCUCCGUGUAUCACCUCAUGCCACUCCCGGAAGGUCAAGAAGGCUGUCGGCCGGCAUCGACCUCUCAGACAGAUACCGAUGGUCAAAGGGGGUUGUUCCGCUGGCAGGAAUACACCAUCGGCAAUGGAAGUACAUAUAACAAAAUCCGUGGUACAACAACCGCCUCGGGCGCGGCAGUCUGCCAGCAGACAAAAAACCUUGCCAAUUCUGCCAAACUCAUGACCAACGGCAAAGCGGCGGUGCAUAGGCAACUUAAGCCAUGCUUCGAGGGAAGGCCACAGACGCUCGUUGAUGUUGCCAAGGUGGUCCGCUCAAAGAACUCAGGUCCGUAUGAGAUUACGCUCGAUGUCAUGUUUGACAAUAUGGACGUCUACCAAACCAUCAAAGCAUCCGGUUUGCUUGACAGCAAAUGCAUCUCGCGCCUCUUUGGUGUACCCGAGGACGAGGUUAUUUGGUGUGACUUUUUCGACGUGGCUAUGGCAUUCAAAGCUACAAUACCACGCAGACGCCGGGGACAGCCUGCUUGCUCAGGAGACUAUCUCGAGAAUGAUGUUCAUGGCUCUCAACAGUACAUCCCGCUGGUCAAGCUCGCUCUGCCUGAAGGUUUGCAGCAGAAGCUCGAGGCUUUGAGUCAAUGA